CACCGGAAGGGACCGUUCGAGAGCUUCAGCACCAAAGGAAGCGGGGGAACGCGGAACCAUGGCUGCGGUGGUCAUGUUUUGCAGAGUCCUUGGGAGGAAAAGGUUGGCGCGCCUGGUCGUGGCUGCUGUCGGCCUUACGCAUCCGGGGACGCACACGGCGUUCCGGAGAAGUUGUUCACAAUUUCAACAGGUAACCAGCAAUGAGGACCUGCCUGUUCCAAUGGAAAAUCCUUAUAAGGAGCCACUUAAGAAGUGUAUCUUGUGUGGAAAACGUGUAGAUUAUAAGAAUGUACAGCUUUUGUCCCAGUUUAUUUCUCCAUUUACUGGAUGCAUUUAUGGAAGGCACAUAACAGGUCUGUGUGGUAAGAAACAAAAAGAAAUCACGAAAGCAAUUAAGCGAGCUCAGAUAAUGGGGUUUAUGCCAGUUACAUACAAGGAUCCUGCAUAUCUCAAAGACCCUAAAGUUUGUAACAUCAAAUAUCGGGAAUAAAUUAUAUAAUGUUACCACCAAUAAACUUAUUUUACAGUAAGAAGUUGUAUGAUGCCAAUACUGACUCAGACCAACUUUUGUGUAGAAAAGGAUUGAAGCUUCCCCUCCAUACCACUGAAUGCCCAUUAAACAGAUAUUUAAAAUGUUAA